AUGCGGGUGCCCCGGGUGGCUCUCCUGAGCGCCUGCUGCCUGGCAGCCCGGCAGAGGGCCCUGGCGUGGGUCUUGCCCCUCUGGGGCGGCCCUGGUCGGCCGGAGCCUGGGGCCGCGGCGGGCACCGAGGGAGGCGGCCGCCUGGCCGGGCCCGGCGCAGCGGCGAGGGCCCGCGGCCGCCUGCGGGCUGGCAGGCCUUUGCGAGCCAGCUUCGAGGAGUUCUCCAAGAAGGAGCUGCUGCAGUCGCUCCGGGGCCUCGGGUUCACGCAGCCCGAGUGGAAGGGCCUGGAGAAGCUGGCCUGGCGCGUCAACGUGCUGAAAGACCUCCGGCUCUCCCCGGCGAUGCUGAUGGGUUCGAGGGCCCACCGCGCGAAGACCUACAAGGAGGAAAGCCGAGAAGGAGAAGGCCGCGAAGGAGAGAUACGGCAAGUGGAACGCCCUCUCGAAUGCCCAGCUGAGGAAGGCCGUGGUGAUGCUCAGCGACGGGCUCCACGAGCAAGUCCCGGAAGUGGGGCAAGCAAAGGUUGA